GGAUUGAAGCGGUUCCCGCAAUGGGGUCUUGGCGCGCAACUGCCUCCACGCGGCGCUCACUCUAGAGUCUGGGCAAAGUCGAUACACUAUCCACAACAAUCUGAAUAGUACGAAGACGGGCCCGGACUUUUACUAGGGGACGCCGUCGGUGUGCUGUAUACACUCUGCAUCGAUUCCGGAAACAAUGACAGGAAAGGCAAAGGCAACACGCGCAGCGCCUACCCUCUACGACGCCGUUGCUGGCCGUGUGGGAUACGAAGGUUUCCACACCGAAUCAAGACCGUCGGAGCGUCGCGACACGGCAAGUACGUCGUUGGUACCAGUCCCAGCCGAUGAGAUGCUUUUUCGCCGCAAGGGCGCACCGACUCGCUUUGCGGAAGACGAUUUGUACCUGGCAGAUCGUCAACUGCUUCCAUCACAGAGCUUGCCGGAGUCGGACCUGCUCAAAGUCAUUCACGCCUAUGUGUCGGACGCUUGGAGUCCUGGGAGAAAUAGUGGUCACGCCACCAACCCCAGAUCGAUGGACGAAACGGCGCUUCUAGCGAUGGGUCUUCUCCUCGAAGAAGCCGCGAUCGCCACCCUGGGAAAGUCAGGAGACCUAGCCUUUGUGGAAUCCGGGUAGCCGAUUGCGAGCAAUGCAGGACGUACUACGAAGAAAUGACUUCAUGAUGGACGUUGCUGCCGAAGGCAAGUACACUGUACAGAUGAUCUCGAUGCAACGAUCGUCAGACUUGAUGACUUUCAGCUCCAGCUUGAUGGAGAUCCUGAAGCUCGUCAUGAUGAGCGAAAAUGUACCUCUAGGAGCUGGUUGAUCCAUUGGCGAUCCGUUUGUUGAACGACGGAUUGGCCUCGAGCUUUUUGUGCCGCAUAAUCUCCGUGCAAUAGUUCUGGAAAGACGGUAAAAGAAAUCAAGCGUCUAGAUUUCCGGCUCACAGCUAUGGAGAGCAGGUGGACCUUAUCCGGUGGCCUGGGCAUGGAAGUACCAUCGACACCCUGCAUGAUUGAUUACGGCCCACAAGGGUGAACUCGCGGAAGUAGGUUCCUGACGGCGG